AUGACUGACCUACGACCCCCACACCAACACAAUGAGCUGCAAAGUCUGACAGUCACCCAGACGGCUGGGCUGGACCGAGACCAUGAGUCUAACAUGAGGAGUGAGCAGCUGCAUGAUCCUUCUAUAUCAGUGAAGGAGAAAGAAAAUGCUGCAGAGUCCACUGAGAGAAUGAAAUCAGACGAGGAGGAGCAGACAAGUGAAGGACUGACUCCAGAGACAAACCCAGAGAAGGAGGAGGGGAUGGCUCCUGAGACAUUUCUUAAGAGUUUAGGGGAGCAUAAUGUCCCUCCAUCACCCACACAAGUCCCUCCAGUCUCCUCUCACCCUCCCGUCCCUUAUGACAAAGUUAGUCCUCCCAGUCCCACAACAAUCAGUCACAUGCCAACAGUGCUUCCUGGUGAGUCGAGAGUGGUCCAGUGCUCAGACAAAGGUGUGGACAAGGUUCCUUACGGUAUUCCCUAUAACGCUCGCUACAUCCUCCUCAUGAAUAACCACAUCGACAUGAUCCAGCUGGACCUGCUCAAUGAAUACGUCUCCAUGGAGUUCCUGGUGUUGAGCAACAACCGGCUCACAGAUGGCGCCAUAGAGGGGGCCUUUGAGGGGAUCCCAGCUCUGAAGCGCCUCUACUUGGACAGGAACCUCCUCAACAGCGUGCCAACCGAUCUUCCAGUUUCUCUCGAGGAGCUCCGUUUGGACAAUAACCAACUGAGUGUGAUGUCUGAGGCAGCCUGGGCCCGCUGCCCUGGCCUCUUGGUUCUGAGCCUCAGUAACAACAGCCUGGGGAACGGAUCUGAAUCUCUGCCCGAUGGUGUGCUUGCUCCACUGGGCAACCUGCGCACUCUGAACCUGGAUCACAAUAAGUUAACAUUGGUUCCUCUGGACUUACCACUGUCCAUCAAGGAGCUCUACAUCAGAGGGAACAUCAUUGAGCAGUUCCGUAGCGGAGCCUUCGAUGGGAUAUCAGACCUGGUGUUGUUAGAUCUGAGUGCAAACAGAUUGACAAACAAGGGGCUUCUCAGGGACUCCCUCCUCAACACAACCCACUUGGAAAGCCUCAACUUAGCAGGGAACAGACUAAAACAAGUGCCAAGACACCUUCCCCGCUCACUUAAAACUCUAAACCUGGAAGGCAACCUUAUAUCUUCCAUAAAGAAAGCAACUUUCGGCGCCUUGAAAAACCUGGAACACCUGGGAUUAGCAAGGAAUAAAAUCUUCAAAGUGGCACCAGGAGCAUUCAGAACACUGCCCGCGCUGCACCAGUUGGACCUGUGCCACAACACCUUGCGCCAAGUGCCCAGACAGCUGCCGGAGGCUCUGCACUCGGUAGCGCUCACACACAACAAGAUUGAAUCAGUGCCUCUUGAUGCUUUCUGCUGGGGUAAUAACAGUCUCAGCGGACUUGUACGAGUGCAGCUGGAGCACAAUUUAAUGGAUAUGGGGAGGUUGGACACACAGGCUUUCAGGUGUUUACGGGGAUUCCAGGUGGUACACUUCUACUGA